UCUCAAAAUGACCAAAGACAUGAAGGACGAGUCGUUCAGGAGAGUGCUGGAGGUUUCAGAACCCCUGAAAAUUGAAGGACACGACAUCGCUUUCAUAUUGAACGAAGAGACUAUUUCAUUCCAGUGAAGAAGGAGGCGGAAAGCGAGGUGGAUCGUGAUCGAAUCGAGUGGCGUUUCUCCACAUUAAUUUUGUCUCUCACAGGAAGGGGUGUAGGUGUUGUUAGCAAUGGAAGGGGAUAAAUUUGAUGGGAUUCCCUUAAUGUCUACUCUGCUCCUUAUCUACCGUUGGUUUCUGUAAUGAGACUCGGAUUAGAUACGCGUUCUUCUGUUAUUCCAUCUUCUUUAUAUAUAUACUGGAUUAUUAAUAUUUCUUAAGCAGUGCAGUUCCUUGUAAGCUGUAAGAACAAGCCUAUUACUAACAUCAAUGGCAUGGAGAAAGUUUUUUCUACAUGUGUACAACAAGUAGGCUGGUGCUUUGGAUUAUUUGAUUCUAAUGUCGCUCAAACUCCUAUUGAUGUUUCGGGUAUUUUCUUUUUAGGGGAGGGGGGUUGCUGUUAUGGGUGAUUUUUCAGUUCAAAUUACUCCUGAACUUGUUAAUCGGUUUGCUAAUGAUGGGGAAAAAUUAAAGAAGAAAGCAAAGAAGACUAUACCUAAGACCCGACGAGAAACUCCCCUGCUCAAAGCUAAGGUGAAUGAGAAACAGCUGCAUGAUGAUUCUGAAACACACAAACGGAUUGCUUCUCCAGGAUGGCCAGUUCAACCUCCACUGUACUUGCCAAUAACCCAAACUGUACAUCCUGCAAAUGCCGAGUUGGAUGCAAUCCGAUCAGUCAUUCAAGAGAGCGAGAGGGUUCUGGAAAAGUUCCAGAAGCAGGAGGAUAACAUGGUGCAGCAAGUAACUGAAAGAGCCAAGAAUCUCUGUGAUAAGGAAUUCAAGCUUCCAAACCAGAAGCCUAUGCCAUGUUUGGUUGAUUAUAAUGCUUGCAGGGCAUGCUACAAGGAGCAUGCUGAUGAUAUUCUGAAAUGUGCCCCCCUCACUAAGAGUUAUUAUGAAUGUGUUCGCAGAGCUAAGCAGCAACAGAAUUCAGCAGAUAAGUAGACUUUCUUGGAAGAAAAAUUUUCAAGUGUUAUACAUGAUUCCAACCUAAAUGUGGGUUUUGAUAGAUGAGACAAUUACAUAUUUGUGGUCCAAAUAAACCAAACACUAAUUGCCAUUUUCAGAAUGUAAGCUUGUGCUGUCAUAGUGCAUUUAGGAUUUUGUUACACUGAUUGCUUCUGUCUCUAGACAAUGUUGCAAUUCUCAUGGCAAGCACUUGCAGUGUUAAAAUUUCUUUUGGAACCUGUCAGUGAAAGUUGAAUACUGUUGUGGUGCA